GCGGGCAGAAGGUCCUGUUGCUCACUCGCCCGCCUUGUGUGCAACAGAGUUUGGAGCCUCGCUGGCCCCGAGGAGGAGGAGAAAGAAAGAAGGGAGGGAAUGGCUGUGUGGAAGAAAAAAAUGAUGUCUCACGUGUUAGCCUAAUAUCCAGAUGAAGACGUGUGUAAGCAGCAAUGCAGCAAGUUUUGGAUAACCUUACGGACUUGCCCCCAUCAGCUGCAGCUGAAGAAAUAGACCUUAUUUUCUUGAAAGGAAUUAUGGAGAAUCCUAUUGUAAGAUCCCUUGCGAAGGCUCAUGAACGACUGGAAGAUUCUAAACUUGAGGCUGUAAGUGACAACAAUCUGGAAUUGGUAAAUGAGAUACUUGAAGACAUCAGUCCAUUAAUAAACAAAGAUGAAAGCAUUGCAGAGUUGGUUGGUAUACUGAAGGAGCCACACUUUCUGUCACUCUUGGAAGCCCAUGAUAUUGUGGCAUCAAAGUGUUUUGAGUCUCCUCCUUCUAGCCCAGAAAUGAAUAAUGCUUCAGUGAACAAUCAAAUAGUACCAGUAGAUGCCAUUCGUAUACUUGGCAUUCACAAAAGAUCAGGGGAGCCACUGGGUGUGACAUUUAGGGUGGAGAAUAACGAUCUGGUAAUUGCAAGAAUCCUUCAUGGAGGAAUGAUAGAUCGACAAGGUCUUCUACAUGUGGGUGAUAUCAUUAAAGAAGUUAAUGGCCAUGAAGUCGGAAACAACCCCAAAGAGCUGCAAGAACUUCUGAAAAGUAUUAGUGGCAGUGUCACUCUGAAGAUUCUUCCUAGCUACAGAGAUAAUAUUAUUCCCCAGCAGGUAUUUGUGAAGUGUCACUUUGACUAUAAUCCAUAUAAUGACAACCUGAUUCCAUGCAAAGAAGCAGGGCUCAAGUUUUCCAAAGGAGAAAUUCUUCAGAUUGUAAAUCGGGAAGACCCAAACUGGUGGCAGGCUAGCCAUGUCAAAGAAGGAGGAAGUGCAGGACUUAUUCCUAGCCAAUUCUUGGAAGAAAAGAGGAAGGCAUUUGUUAGACGGGACUGGGACAAUUCAGGUCCUUUUUGUGGAACAAUAAGUAGUAAAAAGAAGAAAAAGAUGAUGUAUCUCACAACUAGAAAUGCAGAAUUUGACCGUCAUGAAAUUCAGAUAUAUGAAGAAGUUGCCAAAAUGCCUCCAUUUCAAAGAAAAACACUGGUGUUAAUAGGAGCCCAGGGAGUGGGUCGGAGAAGUUUGAAAAACAGAUUUAUUGUACUGAAUCCCACAAAGUUUGGAACCACAGUGCCAUUUACAUCGCGAAAGCCAAGGGAAGAUGAAAAAGAUGGACAAGCGUACAGAUUUGUGUCACGAACUGAAAUGGAGGCAGAUAUUAAAGGUGGAAGAUACUUAGAACAUGGGGAAUAUGAAGGAAACCUUUAUGGCACAAAAAUAGAUUCCAUCCUUGAAGUGGUUCAGACUGGAAGGACGUGCAUCUUGGAUGUCAAUCCACAGGCACUUAAAAUAUUGCGGACAUCAGAGUUUAUGCCCUAUGUUGUAUUUAUUGCUGCUCCAGAACUAGAGACAUUGCGAGCCAUGCACAAAGCUGUGGUGGAUGCAGGAAUUACAACCAAACUUCUAACAGACACUGAUUUAAAGAAAACAGUUGACGAGAGUGCACGGAUCCAGAGAGCGUACAGCCACUAUUUUGAUCUGAUCAUUGUGAAUGACAAUCUAGACAAAGCCUUUGAAAAGUUGCAAACUGCUACGGAGAAGCUGAGGACGGAACCUCAGUGGGUCCCAAUUAGCUGGGUAUACUGACAGUUCUUUUGAAGACCAGUGUAAGCACCAACCUAAGCUAGCUGAAGGAAACAUUCUACCAAGAAAACAUUGUAUAGAGGUGCCAGCACCCAAUGCAUUUUUAUUCUGUGUAUAUUCAGAUAAUGGUAUGCUAUUCCAAGUUUUAUACAAAAUGCUGACGGGAAAGUGUACUUAAAUAUGUAAUUUAUUUUAAUUUUUCUAACUUUUUACAAAUAACCUUUCUAUUCAUAUCACAUGAAGGAAAUGCGUUGAAGCAUUUUUAUAAAUGUUUUGAUUUACUACUUUGCCUUUACUCAUAUAAGGAACUUUCCAGUCAUUCACUUAUACAUUUGGUCUUACAUUUUCACUGUGAUAAGGCGAAAAAUACUUGAAAAAAAGGUAUGUUUUUGUUGUUGUUGUUUUUUAAUGCAAAACUAAAGCGAUUCUUUCAUCUGAUCAGUUUUUUCUUAUUUAGGAGAAGACACUAAUCCUUAUCCUAAUAAACAUGUCAGUCUUCUUGACAUGAGCAGAAUUUUCAAUACUUAAGAAGCAACCAGCACUGAGCCAUGUUACUGACAUCUUUUUUUGCUUAAUGUUUAUAUAUAUGUUGCAGUUGUCUUGUUUUAGACAGAUGUAUUGUAGACUUUCCUGUAUAUGUUACCUUUUUACAAGAAGUAAAAGCAAUAUCUUGAACUUUCUCUAGGAGGCUGCUUUGACGAGCCCACACUUCAACCCAUUAGAAUAAGUAUUACUUUUUCAGAGAAUUGUGUAAAGUAACUCAUUGUGUUUGGGAUCAUGGUGAAGUAGCCUGAGAGAGCCUUACAAUACAGAGCCUUGCAGUGAGGCUCAGCAUGUAGGAUGUUUGUUCUCACUUGUGAAAAAUCAUUGCUUAAAACAACAGAACCUUUUACUUUCUUUUUUUAAUAAUGACCUUGCUCUGUAUUUGUAUAUUGUUCUGUGACAGGCUUUUAUUUUACACCGGAAUAUUUAUGAGUGAUUUUGUGUGUUUAUGAAAUGUGAUGUGAUGGGACUUUUGAGCUAUUUGUUACCUUGUGUUAAACUGCUUUAUUCACCAAAUAGCUUGUGAAACUAAAGUUAUUGUCAGAUGCUAAAAUUCAAUGUUAUUUAUAAGUGGGUUUAUUUUUGUUUUACAAUCAUGUUGGGGUUUUUUACACAAUCAUAAUAACUAACUCUUCCCUUUAGAAGACAAAAUUCAUAUUCUCUUAGAUUCAUAUUCAUUGAUCACUUAAACACUUUUGCUGAUGUAUAUUCUGUUUAAUGAAUAUAGAUGCAGAUUGUCACAAAGACAGCCUAGUCUGGUGACCAUGUUUAAUAUUACGCUUGCUGCUGUAAAUAUGCCCAUGCAUCACGAACAUGCUACAUGCCUGAGUCAGUUGUCAUCUACUCACUUCAUUUAUUUUUCCAUGUGAGAAUAGGCACUUGGCUUCAGAAUUUAUUUUCAACACCAAAGUAUCAUACACAAGAUGCCAACAAAGGAGAAUUCUUGGAAAAGGCUGAGAAAGUGCAAACAAGUUCUUAACCCUUUUGGUUUUUAAGCAUUUUGAUUGUGCACAAGAAAACAGGGUUUGGAUAGUUUUUACUUUAUACAGAGAAAUGAUGAGACACCAAAAAGGUAUUAUAGAUUAAAAACCUUUAAGGUAUUUUUUUAAAGACUUAAGUAUAUUUUGUAAAUGUUAUGCAAAUUAUUGCAUAUCUUUGUCUUAAUUGCUGUUGGUACUUAGAUUUUAGCUUUUCACAAUAUAAAAUAUUUUUAAGGAAUUUAUUAACUUCUGUUGCAUUAAAUCUAUAAAUAGGCUGAUCUUAAGUAUUUGAAAAAUGUAUGCAGCUGAGUUUGAAAAGUUAUUUUCAUGAGUGGUACCCAGAAUGACACUUUAAAAAUUAGGGCUCUACAGUUUUGCUGCUGUUAUAGGACUAUGGGAUGAUGACUACUUUUAUUGGAUACAACUUUGUAAGUGCAAGAGGUUUAGUGAAUCCUAACUGUGAAUGUUUACUCUUCGCUCCUUUGUUUUCCAGUACUUUACCAGGCAGCAUUCAAAUAGGUUUGGUGCUAUUGCUUUGAGACAGGAGACUGAAGAUGAAUUCAGGUAGCCUGGACUGGGGCUGCUCCCCUGCUGAGAUUCCAGCUGUGAAUUAUCAUCAGGAGAAAGGAAUUCUAAGACUGAACAUUAAUUAAAUCUGUUCCAUAUCCUCUGGGUAUCCUGUUUUGCCUCAGCGUUACAGAUUUAUAUGGUCCCAUUUGGUUGGAAAGCAGAAGGAGUUAAUAAUAAAUAGAUUGUAGAGAAAGUUUCAUGAAACAACUUACAGGAGUUUGUUUUUUGGUAUCAAACUCCAGAAGCUCAGAAUAAAUGCUGCUGCCCAGGGACAAUAGAAGGCAAAAAAAGAGGAAACACUAGAGUUUUUCUUAAUUACUGUCUGAGGAGUUCAUUAAAUCUAGGAAGCAUGUUCAGAGAGAUGAUCUCUCUGGACGUGCAGUUUUCAUGCUGCUACUCUUUGAAGAUCUUGGAAGAAAGGUUUGUAUCUGUACAGGGAUGGGCAACUUGUGGCACUCCAGAUGUUUUGGCUUAAAGCUCCAGUCAGCCUAGCCAACAUAGUCAAUGGUGAGAGAUGAUAGGAGUUGUAAUCCAAAACAUUUGGAGAGCUGCAAGUUCUCCACCCCCUGCUUUAGAGGCAGCAAUAGCCAAACCUGCACUUGAUUCUUUAAAUUCAGUCUUGGUACAAAGUUGGUGCAGGUUUUUAAACAGCUUGUGUCAUUGCCAUUAUCAAAAGGGAAACAGAUCCAUGCCAUCAUGUAUAGGAGUAACUGUGUUUCACACAAAAGCAUGCCCGUUUUAUUAGGCGUCAGAAGAACUUUUUGAACUGUGAUGCCAAAGGAGGGUUGAGCUAGCUCCUCCCUAAUUAAUAUUCAAAAAGUGAUUUUAUCUUCCACACCAUAGUGCCACUAAUCCAGUUUAUCCUGUACCUGAACUUUCAAAUACUGAGCAUGCGGAAUUUGAAACUUUAAAAGCAAAUUCUGGUCCUGCUGCUGAGGACAGUGCCACGGUGAUGUGUUCAAUACAUAGGGUGAGGAAUGGAUGACGAGAGAGGGUGAAGCUCAGUAGAUGAUCCACCUGACUACUAGGCUCUCAAUGUAGACAAUACUGAAGUUAGAUGGAUGAAUGGCCUGACUUGGUAUAAAGAGCUUCGUAUGUAUGCAUAGUGAACCCACCCAGAAUAUACUCAGAACUGGCACAGAAACCUGCGAUAAGUAUGUGCUUUCAGAGGCUUCUUUUUUUAAAGGAUCAAAUAUAGUUUCACCUACCUUUUCCUUCAGUAAUUGAGGAAGUUAGAAGAAUGGGGAUGACUUCACAUGUGUUUUCCAAAAUGGAGAUUGUAUAAGAGUGUAUAUUAUGUUCAUGUGAGUACAUGGGAUGGGAAGUUAAUACACCAAGUAUAGACAGGGAAAAGGUACUUAAAUCUUAAUUCCAAAAGGCCACUUUUUGCCAAAGGAACUGUCCCAAACUAAAUAUUUAUGUACUGAAAUACACAUGGCUGUGUAUGCCUACAUAAUAAAAGUAGAAAAUAUUGAUUUAUGCAACUGCCUGUCCUGUAGAUCAGCGGGAAUCAGAAACAUUGCUGAGACUAUUAUGGGCAUUUGGUAGAAUAGAACAACUGGGUGUGGAAGACCAUUGAAAGUGCAUUGAUGCAUUAAAAUCCACAAUCAAAGAUGGUUAUGUUCAAUGCAUUUUGAGUUUAAACUAAUGAUUUUAUCAUGGUAAUUUUCUAAAGGCCAAUUCAUACAUUCAGGGUAUUUUUUAAAACUGAACUCUAAAAUGUCAUCCUCAAUUCAAUAGGUACUAUGCAGUUCAUUGAGUGGUGUACAGUAAGAUAUAUGUACAUGAGCUUAGAUUCAGUAUUUUUUGUUUGUUUUGCUUGCAAAGUUUCAUUUAAAGUACUAAUUCAUACCAAAAUCUAAGGAUUGCAGAAUAUAUGGAUGGGGCUGAUUCAGGCCAACAAAGAACUAAUUUUAGUUUAAAUUGAUUAUUCAUUUGUAUGUAUCCAGUUACUUGACUUUUUGAAAAACAGAGCUGCUAUUGUGUUUAAAAUUAAGUUCCUAAAUUUGUAAAUACAAUAUAAUAUGGAACAGACCAGUCUGUUUUAACACAGUAAAGAAUAGAAGAUAUCUAGUUGCCAAAGUAUAAGGCUACAAUGUAAAGACUUCAAGGGUGAAAUAAGCACCAACAGAUCCUGUCACAGGCACCGAAAAUUGAGAUUACAUAUUGAUGAAUAGCAGUUACGCUCCAUUGUUUCAGAUCACAUGUGUUUCUGCCUCAAGAGUACCUGCAUCUCGGGUCAACAUACUGGCUCCACACAUGGGAUGUGGACUUCCAUGCUAUGUGUGCAUGCCAAAAGCAUUACUCCCUUUGCUCUAAAAAGGUGUGAUAUGCUGUUUGCCUUGUGUUGAUAACUUUGCUGUUAUGAGAUUUGUAAAAAACACCACCACCACCACAAUAAAUGCUCUUAAAACCAACUAUAACAAUUUAAUUUCAAAGCUAUCAAAGAGCAAUUUGCUAAAUCUUGUUCUAUGGUUGGAGAAUUUCAAGCUUCCUCUUAAUGAGAAUCAUGUUUUAAAGCAAAUUUCUAGCCCUUAUAGCCAUGCAGAAAAGUUUCAGGUUGUGAGUUUUGGGGUUUUGCAGUAUAUCUAGAGACAAGAUUUCAGGGAUGUGUUGUUUUCCACUUCCCAUGACUAAUAGAAGCAGAUGAAAUCAUGCAAAAAAAAACCCCAUAUAUGUCAACUUAGAUAUUUUGCAUAAUUUCUACAGUUUGUAGAAUUUGUGAGAGGCUGUCUUGGGAGAAUAGCAGUAGCACGUUUCAAGAACUGUGAUGUGGAAUCUAGAAGAAUGGAAAGAGAUUGUUUUGCUCAGUUCUUCAAAUGGCAUAGAUGUGCAUAAUGUUGCGUGAUAAUAGAGUAGUUUUGAUUUUUUUUUGCACCCUGGGAAAGACGGUACCAGAAAACAAUCAGAAGACAAGCACUAAAGGCAAACUUACAGGAAAAUUCCCAAAUUAGUAUCUUGCACAGACCUCAUGAUUUGGGAUCUUCAGUAUUUUUUAAUAACCUUCAAGAUACAGCCUAUAUCUGGUAUAUAAAGUCUCUUUAUUUCCAACUAAUUUUGGAAACAUUGUGAGAAAAUAAAGCAUUGUUUACAUACUUUCAGAAACAUCAUCCCAAAAAAGGAGUCGUUGACUUUUUCUUCUUCACCCUCACCCUAGCAUAUUGUAUUUAAAUACAGACAGAGCUUUUAUUUCUGCUGUAAAUUACUUUGGCUUAGAUCUUUAAUUCAAAUUCAGUGUUUCCAAUAUGGCUGUAGCUGCUGUAAAAAUAAAAACAACAUGUUAAACCUCUCUCAGAAGUAGGUAUGUCAGCUAUGAAAACAUGGAACAAUAGGCCUCAAUCUGUCUACCAGAUUUCUAGCGUCUCCUGUUGAAGAUUUACAGCUUUCUCACUAUUUGGUACUUUAAAAAUCUAAAUUAAUUGUAUCUUCUGGGUUUGUUUAAAGGGCCUUGCCUUAUAUGGCUUUACUUGGCAGAACAGUAUGUAAACUUCCUAUAGUGGCUUCAGAAGUAGAUAAAGGAAUUAUUUAUCAGCCUCUUGUGGCUAAGGGAAUAGCCUUCUUUUAACAGUGACAUUUUCCCUACUGAAUAGGAAAAGGUUGGAUUUGUUAGAUUUGACAAAAGCAUGGCAGAGAACCAUGAUGAGUUUUCAAGGAAUUAGUGUUUCUAGAUGUUGCUUCUUUCUGUUUAAGGACAAGAGGAAUGUCUGAUUAAGACUGACCUAAAAAGUUGUUCUCAUACAUGCUAGCAGAAAAAAGUUACAUUUCAUUGAAUGGCAGUAAACUAGGCAGGGAAAUACACCUUUGUACUGGCAUCUGUAUUCAAACUAAUGUAUAUUGGAUGCCACUGACAUGCAUUUUCCUUGAAUGCAUAAGCGGGCAUUUCUUUAAGUCCUACACUUUUCUGUAUACAUGUUCCUCUGUAUUUUAUGUUUAUAAGGAUAGUGGCAGAGAAUCCAAAAUCUUGAAUUACAUCAUGUUCUACAAUUCAUAAUUCUGGUUGCUUGAAUGUUUUAGAUGUUUAUUAAACAUCUGUCAACUUGUUCAGUUUCUACAUGUGCACCAAUGUUGAUAUGCAUUAUUUUUGGGAUAUAUGAGUAAACAUUGGACUUGGUUGCAAGGAAAUCUAAGUAUCCCUUCUCCACUGCUAAUUCAUAGUAAAAUCUUGUCUGUCUGCCAGUCACAUUUAUCAGUUUAGAAUCUUCUAAUGAAGGGCAAUGGGAGAAUUACUGAAUAACAUGCUAAAGAUAUUGUAAGAGCUAUUUGGCUAAAAAUAGAAUAACUUUUAAAAAACGAAUCUCUAAAGUUUUCGCACUCAAGUCAUAUGUUGUUCUGUAUAAUUGUUGAAAUGUACAAAGCUGUGAAAUCCUGUUAACUCUUAAUAAAGUAUUUUUGUAUAUAUGAAAUAAACAUUUAAUACUGGAAGAA